UGAGUUGAUGCUCCUACACGUAUUUCACACGUCAUUCAUACCGCGGAAAGAUUUAUUCGGAGAAGGUCAGUGAGAAGUGAAAUUGUUUGGUCGAAAUCGGUUUCCUUUCGGUUGUCGUGUGGACUUUCUCCGGAGGAAAACGAAUAAGUUCUAUAGCUUGCAGCAACCGACUAUUGAUGACAUGAUUGAUGGUUGUUUCGAAGGAAACGAAGAAAUUAAUCCAGUGCCAUGUGGUCGUAAUGUGAAGAUGGGAAACGGAAAUUGAUGACCUCGAAAGGUUAUCGGAAUGCAGCCAUUGGUUGCAUUCACCUUCAGUUUAGAGUAAUGUGAUGACCCUCUAAAUGCAGUCAGUGGGAAACUUGUAUGCGGAUGGAAAUAGCGCAGUUGUGGCGGUGAUACAAGAAAAUAAGAUACUUACAAUGGGUUGCAAUACAAGUCAAGAGAUUCCAAGUUACAACCCGAAUGCAGCCGAUGGGAAUCUCCAGAAGGACGAGCUUGCUGAAUUACUGGAAGGCGAUGUCGAAGAAGUCGAGGCGGCAGCAACCAAGAUCCAAGCAGCGUUUCGGGGCCACCAGGUGCGAGCGAAGACAAAAAUGAAGCAAGGAGACGUCAACGGAAGUGAAUCGCAGAAAAACGCCGAAGCGGAAACCCAACGCGAACCGACCAAAGAAGAGCUGGAGGCCGACUUUGACCCCAACGACGAAGAACUAACCCACGCAGCAACCAGGAUUCAAGCGUGUUUUAGAGGGCAUAUGUCACGGAAAGAAGGAGGCGGAGGCAAGAAAGACGAGGAAGAUGACAAAAAGGAUGUCAAUAUCGAUGAACUAACCAGAAAGGUCGCCGAAGAACUCGACAUUGACAUGGAUGAUCCAGAGCUGCACAAGGCGGCCAGCAAAAUACAAGCCUCAUUCCGCGGACACAAGGUUCGCCGGGAUGUGCCCGCCUCUACAUCGGACAGCAAGUAGGAUGGAGCGAAGUGUAUCCGAAGCGAUUAAUUAAUUCAUUGAAGAGAAAUGAACACAUAUUAUAGAUUGCAUUCAUAAAUUAAAAUAUUUAAUAACAACAAAAUAACUUGGAUAACAUUCACCACAUAAUGAUCAAAGUGAUGUUGCAUAAAAUUAAAUGUCGAUUAUAAAAUAUAUGACAACUACUUGUUAUCAUUUUAUAACUUUUAUCGAAACGAAACGCAGAGAACAUUACAAGAUAUAGUGAAAUCCGAUUCGGCAAGUUGUGAAACUAUCGAGAAAUGACUUUAUAAUAUUAAAGAUUUGCAAACGAAUACCGUACCACUUUCGAUACAACAUCAAUAAAUCUUUCAAAUUUUAAAUCAACUGCUGCUAAGUCCCUUUAACAUCAGAGUUCCUCCUCGAAGGUUUAAAAGAUACAUUAAUGAAUACAGAUUUCUGUGAGCUAUUUGACAUGAUUGAAAUUUAUCCAAUUAAAACAAAAGUCGUAUUUCACAUCCCAUCUAUCGACCAGCGUAGUAGAAUAUACCAAGGCAAACUACAACCCAGAAAACAGUGUUAGAAUACACCUAGAAAUAGAUUUUUGCUGGAUUUUGUCCACAGAAAAACCGCUUCAGCGGUGUCGUUCUGAUCAAACUUCGAGCAACACACUAAGAAAGUGAAAAACAACAUCAGCUAGUAAUAGAAAAAUAAAGGAAAAUCAUACAAUUGCAGUGAGCUUUAAAUCCCGAUUAGUGCA